GCUUAAAACGAAGCUGCCUUCAUUCCUUUUUUUCUUUCUCUCUCUACACUUUUCUCCACCUUCUCUCUCUAAAAAAAAAAAAAAAAAAAAAAACUGCCUUUUUUCGUGUGUGUAAUGCAGAAUUUUGUUGAAAUCCCACACCUUCUUCUGUAGUGGCUACAAACGAUUGGGAGAUUAUUCGCCGGAGACAAAAAUGUCGUCUGGGUUUCCCGGCAGCGUUCAGGAAUUUUACGGCGGUCCCGACGGGAUCUCCAACGGAAGAUCUGUCCCCGUGGGGAAUAAUAUCGGGAAUCUUAUGCAGGGGGGAGUGCAAGUUCCUUAUGGGUCUCAGCUCCCCGGAAUUGUGUCCGACCCGGCUUCUCAGAUCGCACAUCGGAGGUCCGAUUUGAUCGGGAAAAGGUCGCUGGUGGAGUUUCAACAGCAGCAGCAGCAACUGCAAUUCCUCCAGCAACAGCGGCAAGGGGCGCUAGGGCUUUAUCUUCGGAACGUUAAGCCUCGAACUUAUCAGCACAGUUCUCCGAUUUCUCCUCUCUCGCCGGUGGAUUUGUCGGCGCUGUCCUCGAUUUCUUCGAAUUCAAAUUCUCCGGCGAUGAACGCGAGGUACGGCGUCCCGAUUCUUCAACAAUUCCGGCCUCAACUCUCCAUGCCUGCGGGGAGCGUUAACAUUAACGGUGUUUCAGUUUUACCGUCUGGGUCCGGUAACCCGAAUUAUGCUUCCGGGUUUUCCUUUCCAAAUUCAGUCCAAAACAGGGCCGGGCUCGAAACGGAGAAGAAGAUGAUGAAUCGGCUUCAGGAGCUCGAGAAACAGCUGUUGGAUGAUAUCGAUGAGGAGGAGGAAGGCGAUACAGUCUCCGCCGUAACGAACAGCGAGUGGUCGGAGACGAUACAGAGUCUGAUUAGCCCAGCCCAGACCCCAACCCAAACCCAAACCCAAGGCCCGACUGAAUACCAGAACCAGAACAACAAACCGCAAAUUUCGCCGUCUCCAACAUCGUCGACGUCAUCGUGUGCGUCAUCCAUGGAGUGUCCGGCGAUAACAUGCCCGAAGCAGGCAAUAUCAGAGGCGGCGACGGCGAUAGCCGAAGGCAAAAACGAGGUAGCGUCGGAGAUUCUCACGCGCCUCGCCCAGGUGGCCAACGUGAAAGGCACCGCCGAACAGCGACUGACAGCUUACAUGACUUCCGCUUUACGAUCGCGCGUGAGCCCCGUGGAAUAUCCUCCCCCACUAUCGGAACUGCACACCAAGGAACACGAGUUCUCCACCCAGAAACUGUACGAAGCUUCGCCGUGCUUUAAGCUAGGGUUCAUGGCGGCGAAUCUAGCCAUCCUCGACGCCGUUUCGGAGCAGAGAUUCUGUAAGCUCCACGUCAUUGAUUUCGACAUCGGCGAAGGCGGACAGUACUUGCAUUUGCUCUACGCGCUCGCCGCGAGAAAAGCUGAAAACCCUACGGUGUUGAAGAUCACGACGUUCGCCGACGUCCCCGGCGGCGAUCAGCAAUUGAGAGCCGUGGAGGUGGAGCUGCAGAAACAGGCGCAGACCGCUGGAGUGUGCUUGAGUAUCAACAUUUUGCCGUGCUCGAACAUCGAGCUGAGCCGCGAGCGCCUCUCCGUCGAUUCCGACGAGGCUCUGGUCGUGAAUUUCGCUUUCAAUUUGUACAAACUCCCGGACGAAAGCGUGACGACGGAGAACCGGAGGGACGAGCUGCUCCGCCGCGUGAAGGCGCUGUCGCCGACGGUUGUUACGGUGGUGGAGCAGGAGCUGAACGGGAACACCGCGCCGUUCGUGGCGCGCGUGAACGAGGCGUGCGGGUACUACGGCGCGCUGUUUGACUCGCUCGACGCGACCGUUUCGAGGGAGAAUAUUUUCCGAGUCGGAAUCGAGGAGGGACUGGGUCGCAAAAUGGGUAACUCGGUUGCUUGCGAGGGGAGGGACCGUGUUGAAAGAUGCGAAGUGUUGGGCAAGUGGCGGGCCCGGCUCAGCAUGGCCGGGUUCACCGCGAUGCCGAUGAGCCAACAGAUACCCGACUCGCUCCGGUCCAAGCUCAACUCGGGGACACGUGGCAACCCAGGAUUCACCAUAACUGAACAAGCCGGGGGUAUCGGCUUCGGCUGGAUGGGACGAACACUCGCCGUCGCAUCCGCUUGGCGUUAACUAUACUUUAUUAUUAUUUUUUUAAUCGUCACUAAAAGUGUUUGAAUUAGUAUUAAGAAAUAGUAUUUUAAUUUUAAUGAUUUUUCCCUUUUUCUUUUUAUUUUCCCGUUGUUGUACUAAGCUUCUCUUCCUUGUUUUUUUCAUUAUUAAUUGUUAUUGAGAAAAUUAAGGAAAAAUUGGCCCCGCGAAGCGAUUGAGAAUAUUUUUAGUGGCGCGUUUGGAUUCUCCCACAAAAGGUAUUCAUUCAUUACCACUUAACCAAUUGUG